AACAGAAAUGUCAUCUUCCGCGUUUGCAAGCGAUACUGAUUCUGAAAUUAACGAGUUUAGUCCACUACUUGUAAAAGUAGAAAAGACUUUAAAAAAAAACUUUUCAUUUGAAAUAUCGCCCAUUUCAAAGGUUUCAGCCAGUUCAACACACGGCGGUAAAUAUAGUACAAUUGGGAACACUUUACCAUUAGAUGAUCUUCAAGCUUCGCUGUUUUUGCCAUCUAUAUCCCUUAGCUACAGAGAGGUAACACGUUCAAUUGUUGAAAAUUAUUAUGCAAAUUUAGAUGCUUGCCAAAAAGCUCGUAACCCAUCAAGUAGUUCUUUGCUAGCAAGUUUUAUUGAAAAGUUAUCAGUUGAUAGAGGAGCAACGGUUUUUCUUGCCUCGUGGAAUAUCUUACCAUUAGGAACCUCUGUUUUCAGCUUACCUUAUUGUGUCGCAGUUGGUGGAUACAUAAUAAUUCCUAUUAUAUUUCUUAUCAGCAUAAUGGCAGAUAUUACUGGAUUAAUAUUAGUUGACUGCUUGUACGCUGAGUCUCCUAAAAGUAAACAGCGAAAAAGAGUGCAUUUAAACUAUGUAGAUAUUGCGCGCUCCGUAUGGGGACAACAUGGUGCGCGUUUGUUAAAUGCGUUCCUAAUAGUUUAUCUAUUUUUAGGUUGCGUCGUUAAUAUUUUACUACUUGGAAAAGGAGUAUACCAGCUACUUUAUACCUACACUUAUCUCUCUUUUAAUGCACUUACAAUUAUUUUUUCAAUAUUGGUUUAUCCAACUUUAUUUAUUAGAAAGUUUACAAUUCUGGCGUAUCUCAGUCUUUCAGCAGCUGUUUCAGUUAUUAUCGGUACAUUUUUGGUUGUUAUUUUAUUUAUUCUAGGAUCUGGAAAUUGGAAAUCCCAUAUGAGCAACAUACCUGUAAUUAACUUAAAUGGAUUUCCAUUAGCAGUCUCCAUAGUGAUGCUUACCUGCGUUUCGCAUUCUGUCCUUCCGCACGUUGAAGGGAGUAUGAAAGAUAGAUCAAAAAUUAACCAAGUGCUCCAUUAUUCAUAUUUUGUAACAGCAAUCGUAAAGGUUGUUGUUGCUUCUCUUGGUUCCUUCACAUUUGGUUUGGGAUCAAAUAGUAUUAUUAUCUUAAGUAUCUCUUCUGUUAAUCAAAGUAUAUCCAUAUGCUGUACUAUCACAUUAGUCCUAUAUACUAUCUUUAAUUAUCCACUCAGUAUGUUUAUAGUGAGUGAAUUUGUUGAUAGUUUUACUGAAAAAACCGCAGUUGAAAGAAUAAAGACUCUGUUUUACUUGUGGAUAGUAUGUACUCGCUUAAUUUUAGUAGUACUCAGUGUCGCAGCAGCAGUUUUUCUUCCAUAUUUUGCAGCUACCUUGGGAAUACGGGGAAGUUUGAUUGGAACUUGCUUAGUUUUCAUUUUCCCAUGUUUUUUCCAUUUAAAGCUAAAGUGGAGAAUUUUAUCUUGUCAGGAAAAGCUUAGAAGUUUAAUAAUUCUUUUGGUUGGAACAUUAAUUGGAUUAGGUGGUUUAUUUGGAUCUAUUAAGCUGCUCUUAUCGUCUAUCAAGUCUGGAAGUGAAUGAAACUUUUCUUCUAAAUCAAUUUGAAAACAAAAAAUUCUCAAGAGCUUUUUUAAUCAUAAUACUAAAAAACAAAUAAAUAUGUAUUCAAAAUGUAUU